AUUCAGGCACUUGGCGACCAACGCACAUUUAUGACGAUUGCACCGUCUUGCAGUCACGUGAUCGCCUUCAUAGCCGGCUUUGGACAAGCAAACUCAAUGGGGAAGCCAGCAGGAAGUCACAAGCUGUGGUCACCUGAUGUUGCAUUUAACGACCAUGGAUGAUUUGGUUAACGACCGCAACUGGAACUGACAUUAUCAUCUGCCUCCUGGCAACAUGGCAAUGGGUCCAUCUGCCUCACGCCUUUUGCAGCACCGGAGAGCAGCAGGCACAUUCGGUCUUUGUGAUCAGGUGCCGAAGGGGCCUGGGGGAGCAAGCCAGGCUGCAUCGCCCUUCAAGCCUCUUUCCUUGAUCAGUCAGGCCCAGGAAGCGGCCCUCAACCAGCAUCUGAUGAGAAAGGGGACCAUUCCCAGCAAGGCUGCCGGCGGGCUGAAUCCACGGAACCCCGAAUCCCACGGCAGGGAAGCCCAUUUCUGUCUGAAGCCGUGCAAAAAAAUGUUCCAGGCUACAGCAAAUGUCGGAGUAGCUGGCGACCCCAAGGCCCACCUAGGCAGCUACUCCCAGUCCUAUGGGACUAUCUGCAAGUCUGCCCUUCAGAGCCUGCCUGUAUCCAGUACCUCCCAUCCAGCACUAGCCCCUGGCCCCCAGCAGCCCUGAGCGGCUUCCCAGAGCAGCGUCUCUGGCCACUUGCAGCAGGCAGGCAGGCAGACAGACAGACAGACAGACAGGCCUGCCUUCCUCCCAACUCCGUUGGCAGGCAGCGUGCUUGACUCAGUAAGAUCUGUCUUUGUCCCGUCAUGACCAGGCGUAAGCUCAGGAACUGCCAAGGAGGAAGAUGCCGGGGCACGUGGGUCUUUGCCUGGUUCUGGCUGACUGACAGUUUUUUUGCUCUGGGCCCCAGCAAGCUGAUCUCUUUGUGAGUCCCGCAAGUGGGGGCACUCUCUCCUCUCUUUUCACGUUCGCUGGGCCUGGGGCUGUGCUGCUGAAGCUUUUAAAUAAAGCCUUCCCCUUCCCCCCCAAAAAAAACUUCUGAGGAAAAAGCCUUUUCUACACGGAGUUAAAUCAGCAACACCUGGUUUUUAUUUUUACGCAAGAAACCCUCCUCAGGGUAGGGUGGCUUCUGAACCCUGGGCACUCAGUCAGUCUCGGCCGUGCAGCUAGUUCCCAGCUGCCGGAGACGCUGCACGGCUGGGAAACCUCCACCCUCUGUUUCCCGGGGUCUCUUCUGUGGGGCCUCGAAUGGCACGCUGCGUUCUUCAUGCACUCCUUGGCCUCCGUUCCCCUCUGAGCCUGCAGGAGCCUCUCUGAGGAGGCUCACUUGGAGGCUGGGAGAGGGAUCCUUCGUCCGAGGCUUGCAAAGCACCCACGGAGGGAUGCUGUUUGA